AUGUCAGAAAUGGAGGGCUCCGUCAUGCCUCCCUUGGCCGCCUCGCCGUCGUGGAAUCCCGCGUUCAGACCCGACGAACAGUCUCCGUCCCACGAAGCCGAUCCGGACACGGUGGCUUUGGACACGCAAGAGCAGAUCGCCGAACCUGUUGCGGAUAUCCCAGAUUCGGGUGUCACGUCGACCUCUGGUGAGGUUUCUAGCGACAAGGCGACUCUCGAAGACGUAAACACACGCGGUAAUAGUGCUCAGGACGCCCCGGAUGCUGAGACCACCCCGGACGAUCAGCAUGAGACGAGUGAUGCUCCGACAGAGAUAUUGAACGAGGGAAAGGACGCUUCGGAGACUUUAGAGCAGCAGGUCGAGGCGCCGGAUCCUGUUGUGGAAUCGGAAUCCACCCCGGUGGACGAGGAACCAGCGCUGGAAACCGCAGCCAGUGCUCCCAAUCUCGUACCCCAAGAAGAUGCGUUCGAACAGGUACCCAUUGAACGACCCACGGAAGACUUGUUUCCGUCAGCUACGGAUGAUACUGCUCAAUCUGGCGCCUUUGACGAUAGCAUGGCUUGGAUGAACGAGGACGAAGGCAAGGAUACCACUGUGACUAGCAAUGGUGACGUGAAUAACGAAGCUGCGCCCUUCUGGGCAAACGACGGUGACGAUAACGAUGAUGAUGACGAGGAGGGAGGGUUCUUUGAUCAGCUCAAGACGCAGACGAAGCCUAUCUACGUUCCUCCGGAAGCAGAAUCGAGAUUUGAAGAAGGCGUUCCGCUCCUGGACGAGUCGACCGAUAUACCCACGCCCUUAACGACGCAUCCCGAGACCCAAAUACAGACAAUGUUUGAUGAGGGCGAGGACGAGGAAGAUGAUGGUUUCUUCAGCUCGGUGCAGAAGUCGACCAACGAAGACUCUCAACAGUCGUUUCACAUCACCCGCAAGAGCACUUCCCAAGUUAUGGGCUCUCUCGAUCUGACACCGGACUCUCCGAUGGUCGACAGUCCGUCAGCACCCUUGCCGCCGACAGACUCUACUACGGGCUUGACUGCAACCGUGGGUGCCAUUAAGAAGCAGUCUUCUGAAGAGGAUCUUGCAGCCCGUUGGCAAGCUGAACUCAGCGACGAUGAUGACCUUCUCUUGGGAGAUGAUGCGGAUGAACAAGAACCCGUACAAGCAGUCCAGGAGCCGUCUGAAGCCACUGUAAGCCAGCAGUCUGUGGGCUUGGGCAGUCCUUUCGCGACCCCUCAAAGCACUUUCCCACCUCGCACCGAUGCAGCCAGAUACACCCCUCAUCAGCCAUCGACAUCAGACCUCGUCAACGGGAUUCCCCUCGUCGGCGCGGCAACUCCUCAGGCGAACGUGGCCCCCGUUGGAUCAUACUUUGCGCCCCGUCCGGCGUUGCAAACCGCGAAUAGAACAGAGAGCUUUGUGGACUCCAAAAGCGGUUACAAGUCGCCGUACGAUCUGCCCGAAGACCUGACCCGCACGCGAAGGCCGGUGGUCACUCAGAAGCCGGUGGUUGCACAACCAGGAACUAUGCCUCCACCGCCUCCUCGCAGCAGUAGUAUGACUACUCUUCCGCCUGUUUCAACAAUGCCUCCCCCGUCUGCUGUCCCGUCAAUGCUGCCUGGUGGUGCUCCUCCGGUCGUGACUCCGGUGGUCUCCAAGAACUUCUUUGAAGAACUUCCAUUACCGCAGCGACCCCGACCGGCUCCUUCUGGUCGCUAUACGCCUGACCAUAGUUCCGUGCCGCCGGCGGUGUCACAUAUGCCUCCUCCUCCUCCCCCUCCUCCCGCUGUUACUACGAACGCCUAUGCAAGUGUUCCACCACCCUCACACGUCCUCUCACCAACGAGUGAGGCUUCUUAUCAAUCCCAACUCCAACAGCCUGAACGGAUGGAUCCCUACGCGAACCACCUUGCGCCAGCCGCCCCUGCUCCUCCAAGCGCUGCUUCUAGGUACUCCCCGAAACCACCUGGCCUGCAGGUUGGAGCCAAGCCCAGCGCUUCACCGCGAUACUCACCGGCACCCCCCCCUUCAUCCGCCCCUCCUGCUCGCAACCGUUACGUCUCGCAACCAGUCGGUGUUGCUUCUCCCACGAACUCGCUUCCCUUUCAGCCGCGCACAUCAAGUCCGUUGGCUUAUCAUGAGAAGGCUGUAGACCGGGCCGAAGCACCGCCAGCCUUGUCUGUGGACCUAGGCAGUUCUCCCCCGAGACGUUCGCACCUGCGACAGAGCAUCGAUCAGAGCUCCAUUAUGCCUCCAAAUAUUCCAGUGAUUCACGAGGGUUCGGCAGCUGUUGAGCCUGCAACCCGGAGCAUUGCGCCCCCAGCUCCUUUGCAGCAAGAUCAAAGUCCGCCACGCAACCGCUAUGCUCCUGCAGCGCCACAGAUCCCUACGAAUGCCUACGCCCCUUUGCAAGAGCAGAACUCUCCACCGAGAAACCCUUAUGCUCCACAGGAAUAUGUCAACGAAUUUUCCAAGCGAGUUGCUCCUGUGGGUUCGAGCCCUCCGCCCGCCCUUCCCGUGGUGUCUGCAUAUGCUACCCCCUCGGCUGGGGACUCGCAGUUUGGCCCACCCCGGAGAUCCCAGACUCAGUCUCCCCGUCAUGUUUCGUGCCCACAGACUCUCUCUAUCCCUCCGGUGGAGCCUCACCAACGUCCGGCCUCUACCAACACCGCUGGGUCACCCACCAAAGCAGUCAACCCUUAUUCGGCGCCUUCACACAAUCGCAUCUCUUCGCAACAGCUUGACUUCAUACCCCCGACUGAUGGGCUUCAGCUUGACCCCCUUGAAAGAUGGAAGGGAGCUCCCAUCUUUAAGUUUGGCUUUGGUGGUAUCACGAGCUGCUUCCCUAAACAUAUUCCUCGCUACUCUGCUGGCCAGGUUGCACCGAUGAUCAAGUCGUCACCAGGCAUAGUGAAUGUAAGCCAGUUUAACACAUCGGUGGUCUCUACCAAUGAAUUGGUGCGGCAUCCGGGUCCUCUCAAGACCAAGGCGAAGAAGAAGGACCUUCUCGCAUGGCUCUCCAGCAAAAUCACCGCCUUCGAGAAUGAAGGCUCACCAGAUCCUGCGCGAUCCGAUGAUGAUGCUUACAAGCGUCACGAUGAGAAGGUCCUUCUCUGGAAAGUUGUCAAAAUUCUAGUGGAACACGACGGCAGCUUGGAUGGUACAGUUGAUAUCCAGAAGUCUGUCCGCAACGUUAUUUUCCCCCAUCUGCAAGCCGAGGGGUCUGAUGCGCCCUACGGAAAUGGGUACACUUCUACGGCAUCGUCUUUCCAACCAGUUAACACACCUUCCCAACCCGAUGCUGUUGAUGCUCAAUCCCUGGAAACUCUGCGUAACUAUCUUGUGGCUGGGGAUCGGGAAAAGGCUGUCUGGGCUGCUGUGGACCAAAGGCUCUUUGGCCACGCGAUGAUUAUCGCAUCAACGAUGGACAAGGCUGUCUGGAAGCAAGUCGUGCAAGAGUUUGUCAGGCGGGAAGUGAGAACAUUGCAAGGCAAGACCAAGUCUCUCGCGGCCCUGUAUGAGAUCUUUGCCGGAAACAUCGAAGAAAGUAUCGACGAGCUGGUACCGCCCAGUGCCAGAGCGGGCUUUCAAAUGGUCAGCAUGGCCAAUGGUCAAGGACCUGCUCAGAAUGCACUGGAGGGUCUAGAAAGUUGGCGUGAGACUUUGGGAUUAGUGCUCAACAACCGUAGCCCCGAGGAUCAUCAGGCACUCCUUGCCCUCGGGCAAUUGCUGUUUUCUUACGGGCGCGUUGAGGCUGCCCAUAUUUGCUACAUCUUUUCACGCUCCUCGACAUUCGGAGGCGCUGACGAUGUGCAUGCCAACAUCGUCCUUCUCGGAGCUGACCACCAGCGUUCACCAACUAGUCUGCUCGAUGACGAUACUAUCCUUCUGACGGAAGCGUAUGAAUACGCCACCUCGGUCCUUGCGAACUCGCCAACGGCUUCUAUGCCGCAUCUUCACUCCUUCAAGCUGCUGCAUGCACGCUCCCUGGCGGAGCGUGGCUGUACAUCCGAGGCACAGCAAUACUGUGAUGCGAUUGCCUCCAGCGUCAAAGCGACGACGCGGCCAUCGGGCUAUCACCACCAGCACUUGUUUUCUGAAGUCGACGAGCUGUCUGCACGCCUCAAGCAGGCCACCAGUGACAGCGCCUCCUCUUGGAUGUCCAAGCCUAACAUGGAGAAGGUGUCUGGAUCCAUGUGGGCAAAGUUCAAUAGCUUCGUUGCCGGUGAAGAUAGUGAUGUGGGAUCAACAGGCUCUGGUAGAGCAGGGGACGCUGACCUGGGACCCUUUGCCAAAAUCACCGGCACCCCCACGGUCAGCCGCUCGCCGUCCGUGUCAGACCUCUACGGCUCUUACCCUGGCUCCGGAGCACAGCCUAUCCCCGCGGGUGCGUCGUCACGGUAUCACCCGAGCAAUCAAUAUGCUCCGAACUCCUCGCCCGAGCAAUAUCGUGGCCGGUCAUCUCUGGAUUCUCAGAGGUCGCCUUCCUUCGCAGCAGCUCCGUUUGGCCAACGCCGCGGUUCACAAGACCCGUCUACACCCAUUGAUUCCAUCAACCCGUAUCAGUUUGGACAGAUGUACGGCUCCCCGCAGCCGAUCAUGGGCUAUCAAUCGACGCCUCCGCAGAGCUCCUACAUGCCUCUUGCUCCUGUCGAGGAAGAUUCGAGCCCCCGCGGCCCUGCCACACCCGCUACACCGCAGUUGUCUUCCAUGCCCAUGGGAUCUUAUCAACCCCAGAUGCAGCCGGCUCCUGCCGAAAAUGCGCCGGUCGCAGAGACACAUGGCUACACGCCUCCUACCAGCAAUUAUGGAUAUGAGCCUCCAUCCGGCGGAUACGAGCCGGCUGCCCCUUCGGCUGAGGAUGAAGAUGAAACGCCCGUCGAUGGGCCUCCGAAACACAAGUCCUUCAUGGGAGAUGACGAUGACGAGGAUGAUCUUGCGGCCCGUGCCGCAUCGAUCCAGAAGGCAGAGAAAGCCCGCAAGGAUCGAGAGGCAGACGACGCCUUUAAGGCGGCCGCCGAAGCAGACUCUAAACGACCUUCGCAUCAACAAAAGAAGAGCUGGUUCGGCGGCUGGUUCGGCGCGAAGAAGGAGGCAGAUAACAUCGGCGGUGGUCCCAUCCGCGCCAAGCUGGGCGAGGAAAGUUCGUUCUACUACGACAACGAGCUCAAGAAAUGGGUGAACAAGAAGGAUCCCAACAGUGCGACUCCCACAGCUGCCACUCCGCCGCCGCCCCGGGCUCCCAGCCGGACCGCCAGCGCCAGCAGCGCCCCUCCACUCAACGGGCCUCCCCCGCCAGCCCCGGGGUCCAACCCGAACAGUCGACCGUCAUCAGCAGCAGGUGUCCCCCCGCCUUUCUCUGGCCUGGGGACUCCGCCUCCCCCGAACAUCGCCGUGGCUCGAUCCGUGUCCACGGGGGCCACGAUGCUCCCUACCCCCCCGAGCAGUGCGUCCGGCCUGGCACCACCGCGCCCGGCUUCGUCGCUGAGCCAUGCCACGUCGAUCGAUGACUUGAUUGGCGCCCCGCAGCCUCGCAAGGGAGGCGCCUCCAAGGCAAAGAAGAAGGGCCGUGGCUAUGUCGAUGUCAUGGCGAAAUGA